AUGGCGUGGAUCAGCUCAUUAUUCAGUGGAGGAAAGGGGGCAGUGGCUCUCAUUGAGAGCGAUCAGGUGUACGAGACAAACUUCCACGAUAACACGCAAAUAUUCGAACCUCUUAUCAUGGCCUCUAUAUGGCAAUUCAAUGAUGUCCUCGACCCCGUCAAGUUACACUCUUCCCUCAACCGUCUACUCGACAUCGGCGACUGGAGGAAGCUCGGUGGCCGCUUUAGAAGAGUCACCGGUUCACGCAAGCUGCAGAUUCAUGUUCCCACUCCCUACACCACUGAAAGACCUGCGGUCGCCUUCUCACAUGAGGCGUUAAGCAUGAAGCUUGGGGAACAUGCCCUGGCAGACAAGUUCCCAAAGCCAACGAACCGUCCCUCUUUCCAUCCGGCGUCGGAGGAGUUGGCACCACUGGUCUUUCGACAGGACCAGCCACAAACGCUGCAGGAUCUCCUUGCCCGGGAUGAGCCGAUGCUGUCACUGCGCAUCGUUUCCUUCACUGAUGCCACGCUUGUCUCCUUGACGUGGCCGCAUAAUCUGAUGGACGCCAACGGUGUCGGAUUUCUGGUCAACGCCUGGUCCCUUGUCCUCGCUGGUCAGGAAGACAAGGUGCCGGCUGUCUCAUCGGUCGGGCGGGACGUUCUCUACGAAGCUGCCAGCUCAGCCGCCGCGCAGCAAGAGGAAAGCGUCAUUGCUAACUCGCGACUAUCUGGCCUGAGUAUGGUUUCAUUCGCCCGGAGCCUGCUCUGGGACAUGUACUGGAAUAAGAUGGAAUCGCGUGUCGUACACCUCCCCAAAGAGUUUGUUCAAAAGCUACGCGCCGACACACUCGAUGAAGUCAAGAGGGACCAACAGGGAGCAAGUGGUCCGGAGCCAUGGAUCAGCGAGUUCGACGCCAUCCUCGCCCUCUGGUUGAGCAACCUGGCCCGGUCGCAGUCGAAGCCCAAUUCUCUCACCAUGUGUCUGCCAUUUGACUGUCGAAAGAGACUGCCUAGUAUAAUAAGUCCGGAUGACACUCACGUUGAGAACAUGGUGUUGAACAACUUCACCCUCCUGUCGGCCGAGGAGGCCAACGCAUCCGUCGGGAGCAUCGCGUGGAAUAUCCGCAAGGAACUGAUGAGGCAGACAACCCCGGCGCAGGUCCUUGCUGCUCUACGAACCAAGAAGGUGCAGUGGGAUAAGGGAGACAAUGCGGCGCCCAUGCACACGAAGCCUGACAGUACUCUGUAUAUCACAACGAACUGGGCGGCAGCCAAGCAUUUCACCGUCGCGCAGUUCGGGCCGGCCGUGGUGAAGCAAGGUGAAUCAGGACCGCAGAGGGGAAACCCUCCGGGCACUCCGGCUCUUUAUCGCGCUUUUACUGUCAAGCCGGCGUGGACGAACAGGAACUACCUGAUUACGACUGGCAAGGAUCACCGGGGAGAUGUUUGGCUGCAUGGGACGUUCACCGCCCAUACCUGGGCCCUGAUCGAGAAGAGCCUUGGGGUAAAUUGA